AUGUGUCACGAACAGCAGGACAAUGGAGAGAAUGGUGAGAGGCCUAAUUGCUUAAAUCAACUUCCUCCCCAAGCUCGCGGUGCUGCGCAGGCACAGUCUGGACCUCCCUUUCGCCGCUCCAUCGAUUGGUACGAGGUACCCUCCUACGAAGACCACCCCUUGCUGGCAACUCCCCGUGUCUUCGGUGCCUCGGGCACACUCUACGAUAGCUUGAACAUUCCCGUGCUAGCACGCGGUGGCUUCCUCGUCACUCUGCCUAUGCACGCCUUGUGCGUCUACGCAUGGUGGCGAGACUUCUUCACGGACCUGCGAGCGUGCAACUACUCCUUGUCCCUGGUCAUGGACCCCGUUCUCCUCGGUCUUGUUCUCGAGAUGACUGUUCACCCCUGGACUGUCACUGGCUACGAGGCUAACCUCACUCUCGGUCUCGUCAUUGGUGCUACGGAUCUCGCUGUUUUCCUGGACAUGAUCCUCGUCGCCGAGCGUCUCUCCCGCCUCUUCUCUCGUCUCAUCGGCAUCCGUGUCUUUGCCCGCGACCCGUGGCACUCCUCUGUUUCGCUGGAUUGGAUCACGUACAGGUCCGAAGAACUUGCCGGCGCCUUUGAAUACCUUCUCCGCCACGCCAAUCCCCCGACACCACGGUACAGCGCCCACGCCCUACAAAUCUUGAACUUGUACUGGGCCGUGAUUCCUCAAGAGUACUGGCCCAUGACCACGGCGCACUUCUCGCGGGAACUGGCUGAUGGCCUGGAUGGACAAGCGGCGAGCGCUCUGCAGAGUCCACAGGACUGGUUCGUGAACGAGGUCGAUUAUGUGGUGGAUCACAUGCUGGCGGAUGACGUUGCUAUCAACCAGGAGUACCCUCGUGAGGGACCUCUGGUGGUUUGGGCGCGGCCGGUUCCUGAGGCGGCGGCGGCUUUCGAGCUGGCGCUGCGUGCGGCUGCUCGUCGUUAG